ACUAAGGCGGAAGUCCCGCCAAAGUAAAACAAGAAGUGGGUGUGGUUUAUCAUGUGGUCACAGGCUCAGCUGCUGUUGGAGAUCAGAGUGCACACUCCUCUGAAAGCAGAGGACAGUGAGCAGAAUGUAAAGUGCAGGAAUUAACUUUUAAUCUGUCUUUUUAAACAACAUCUGACCAUGAACACACAGAGAAACAGGAGAGGGUUUGAGGAACACGUGUUUGAAAGUCGACACUUGAAGCUGAAUGAAUUGAGAGAGGAAGCUCGAGACUUAAGAAACAUAUAUCUACCAAAUGACUUCGACAAUGCAUGUCCCCGACCAGAGUUUCAGCUGUCUCAUCUGAAACACGACACAGACAGAGAUGGAUUAUGUGGCAUCUGGAGGGAUAACGGCUUCAAGAGCCCAUACGGAGGCUCUCUGGUGUGGUGGAGUCUGGCUGUGAAGCCUGAUGACAUCACAUCAGCUGAGAGGAGGCUCCUGGAGACGACCUACCCCGACCGGACGGAGGAGCAGGUCCAGAUGCAGCAGAGCUUCCUGGGGAAGUUUGCCACCUCCCCGGCCUUCUCCGAGCUCUCCAGGCUGGGCUCGUACCGCUUCACCUGCCCCCUGGAGGAGGUGCUGGAGGCCUACAGCCAGCAGUUUUGCUCCGGCGCUCAGCCCGUCAUGCGGGUCUUCAAGACCGUCCUGUACAAAAAGAAAGUGAUGUACGUGGUGCUGGUCCACAGUCCAGUUAGUGAUGAGCUGUUGUCAGACCGUCCUCUGCUGACUGACGACCCAAACUCUGUCUGUUCCUACAGAGGAGGCUGCUUCAUCUGGAGGCCUGAGUCCAUGUGUGGGACACACAAAUACAGGUUGGUCCGGAGACCUGGGGAAAGACGGGUGGAGGUGGAGGAGGUGGCGCCUCGUCUCAGGUUUUGUGUUUGGGAUCAGGUUGCUGUCGCCCUGCAUGUGGACAGACAGGUGCUGAACUUUGAUUCUUACCGUCUGAGACAGAACCUCAAGUACUGCAAAAGAGCAAAUCCUUCAAUUGUAGAGUAUAACAGGUUUGAUGAAUACCCACAUGCUGAACAGAUAGUUCAGAUACUGUGGCCCAACUAUCCCUCACCACUGGAGAGAGCUGAGGAACCAGGACGGAUUCAACAUAACGACACGUUUAUGGAACAUUAACUGGAGAUACAGUUAACUGAGCACUGUAAAUGGAACAACUGCUUAUGAAAUCAAAAAACCCUUGGUUAGGGUUCUGAAAACAUCACGUUUUGGCUUAAAAUACCUGGUUCAAGGCUGGAAAAUGUCCCGCCUCAUUGAAAAUAUCCAGCGGUCUCAUGCUUACAGAGGCUGAAACUCCAUCUUGAACAGUGGUCUCUCGCUUGUUGGUCGUCUUGUCGAGCUGUCAGGUAUUAAAGGUUUUUGCUCAGGGAAAUGACCUGAUGUCGCCUCAAAAACAUUUUCAUGCUUACAAAUGUUGGGAUGCUAUCUUGAGCAGUGGUCUCUCGCUUGAUAUUUGUCUUGCCUGGAAUAACAAACUGCAACAAACUUUUGAACCCUGUACUGAAGUCACUCGGACUUCAUGAGGGAACAACGCUGAAAAGUUUAUUCUCAGUAGGAAAAAGCAAAUGGUUGCAAAAUCAAACAGAUUGCAGGCG